ACACACACACGUACACGCAGACAAGGUACUCUUUGUUCACAUGUAUACCUGUGUAAGACGUCAUGUUAAUGAACUUGUGCAUAUUCAUGUAACCACAAUAAAGAGCAGUGCUACGAGGGAGCAGACGAGAGCGACUGGGGUUCGAGCAGAAGGAAUGGCGCUCGUCACAGUUCUCUCCCUCGUGCACGAGAUCAAACAAAGAGCUCUGCUUGGUGUCCAAUGCUUUUUGCUGUUGUAGUAGGAUUGUCUCGUUCCAGCGGUGGGUCUGUGCCAGACAGACCUAACAAUAAUUCUCUUGAACUACACUAAUAAUCUUUUUCUGUCAGCACAUUACAUUUUCCAUUUAUUCAAAAGGUGGAGGUGCAAAGCAUUCGAAUCACCUGCACCGUGUCGUCUCGUUUUGCAAACACGGUCAUGUCUUCCAAGGCGCUAAACAAGGAGAACUCAUCCCAGGAAAUCUUUUUUGAAGUAGAGUUGCCCAAGAUGGCCUUCAUCACCAACUUUAGCAUGGAAAUUGAUGGUCAGGUGUAUGUUGGAGAGGUGAAGGAGAAAGAGAGCGCCAAGGAGCAGUAUGAGAAGGCUGUUUCUUCUGGGAAGACUGCUGGACUUGUCAAGGCUUCUGGAAGAAAGAUGGAAAAGUUUUCUGUGUCUGUAAACAUUGCUGCCCAGAGCAGCGUGUCUUUCAUUCUGAUCUACGAGGAGCUCCUUCAGAGAACACUGGGCAGUUAUGAGAUCUUGAUCCGAGUCAAAGUAGAACAACCAGUGCAGGAGUUUCAGAUUGAGGCAGACAUCUAUGAGCCUCAAGGCAUUGCUUUUGUUGAGGCUUCUGCAACGUUCCUCACCAAUGAGCUGAUCCCUCUGAUAGAGAAAACUGUCACAGACACAAAGGCACACAUCUCAUUCUCACCAACAGUGGAGCAGCAACAGAAAUGUCCAGGCUGUAAGGGCUCAUUAAUUAAUGGAGAUUUCAUCAUCAAGUAUGAUGUGAAACGAGCAACAAGCCUGGGGGAAGUUCAGGCAGUAAAUGGAUACUUUGUGCACUUCUUUUCUCCCCCUGACCUGGCCAGAGUCCCAAAGAAUGUGGUGUAUGUAAUUGACACUAGUGGAUCGAUGCAUGGAGCAAAGAUUGAACAGACCCGAGAAUCAAUGGUUGCCAUUCUGCAAGACCUUCACGAAGAGGACCACUUUGGUAUCCUCCUGUUUGAGCGUAAGAUUAGUUACUGGAAGGAUUAUCUUACCAAAGCAACAAAGAGAAAUGUUUCUGACGCCAUUGACUAUGUAAAGAAAAUACAGGACAGUGGAAGCACCAACAUCAACAGUGCUAUACUGGAUGCAGUUAGUUUGCUGAAGAAAGAAAGAAAAGAAAAGAAAGUUCCAGAGAGGAGUAUGGAUAUGAUUUUUCUACUGACUGACGGGAUGCCAAACAGUGGGGUGACCAGCCCCCAGCUAAUCCAGCAGAAUGUAUUUUCUGCUAUUGGAGGAAUCAUGUCUCUGUUCUGUCUUGGAUUUGGAAAUGAUGUGGAUUACUCCUUCCUGGAUGUUAUGUGCAGGCAAAAUAAAGGAGUGGCCCGCAGAAUUUUUGAGGGUUCAGAUGCUGCCAUUCAACUCAAAGGUUUCUACGAGGAAGUGUCCAGCCCUCUGCUCUUGGAGGUGGAUCUGCGUUAUUCAGAGAAUACAGACUUCUUAACCAAAACUCACUACAGCCAGCUGUUCAACGGCUCAGAGAUCGUGGUUGCUGGUCAGCUGAAGGAAAAUGACGUGGAAAACUUCUUGGUGGAAGUGUUUGCCCACGGGUCUGAAGAGAACUUUGUGGCACAGGGAAAGGCCAGUGUGACUGACUGGCAGACAGUGUACCCAGAAAAGGGGUACAUUUUUGGAGAUUUCAUUGAGCGUAUGUGGGCCUACCUCACCAUCCAGCAGCAGCUGGAGAACAGUGCUCUCAGUACUAAAGAGGAGAGAGGAAAUAUAGAAGCCAAGGCUCUGAACCUGUCUCUGAAGUAUAACUUUGUCACCCCUCUCACAUCCUUGGUGGUCACCAAGCCUGAAAACGAGAAUGGAGCUGAUCGCUCUUUCAUUGCUGACAAGCUGACUGAAAGCCAGCGACAGCAAGCAGAAAGACACAUGGCAGGUGCACAUGCAUCGCCUGCUGUCGGCUCGCGUGUAAUUGAUGACUUACUUGCUGCAGUUGAUGGAGAUCCCCAUUUUAUGAUAGAGCUUCCAGAUAAAAACGACGCUCUGUGCUUCAACAUCAACGACAAACCAGGAACCAUUUUCAGUCUGGUCAGAGACCCCAAAUCAGGCUUUGUGGUGAAUGGCCAAAUAAUUAGCAAGAAGAAAGUUGCUCUGGAUGGUAACGUGAACACCUACUUUGGCCGUUUUGGUAUCACACAUCAGAACCUGGGGGUGAGACUGGAUGUGAGCAUUCAGGAUAUCUCUGUUUUCUACAAUGACAAGCAGGUCAAGCUGCUGUGGUCUGAUGCCACCUCACUCAGAGAUGCCAAUAUGGAGCUCAAGCUAGUUAAAAACUGCAGUCUGACAGUGACGCUGAGGCACUCAGUGAAAUUCAGGGUCAUCCGACACACAAAGGUUUGGAAGAGACGCCACGACCACCAAGACUACCUGGGUUUCUACACUCUGGACAGCCAGCACUUGUCUGCUUCAGUUCAUGGUCUGCUAGGUCAGUUCUACCGUGGGGUUGUGUUUGAGCUGACAGACCUGCGUCCAGGUGAAGGCCAGGAGAAACUGGAUGCCACCAUGUACGUGAAGGGGCAAAGGCUGAAUGUGACAAGACACUGGCAAAAAGACUUCAACAAGGAUGUGAAGAAUGGAGAAAGCAUCGCCUGCUGGUUUGUUGACAACGAGGGAAGAGGCCUGAUCGAUGGAACAGCCUCAGACUACACCGUGUCAGACCUUUUUACGGCUAUUUGAAAACGCAAAGUGCGAUCAGCAUUGCACUGGGAGCUGCAGGGUAGAUUUACAUGCUCUGGGUGGUGUGUGAUGAGAAGGCAUUGUAGUGAGUCGCUGGGUGUUUUCUAUUUCAAAGUGACACAUGCAAAAACUGAAAGCAAGUGCAUGUUUAUAUUAAUGCAAGCAUAUCACGUUACAGUAUAUUUUGAGUGUACGUGUUUGUGUCCUUCUGGCAUUACAGAGUGUAAUCGAACCUCUCCUGCUAAAUGUUAUUUAGUCAAACAGCAUCAGUGAGAUAGUUUGCUUUACUCACACAAUGACAGUGUGUGAGUCAAGAUAGAUUUAAUGAUGACACAAAUAACAUGGCAGGUAAAGCUUUCUGAAUAGUCUGCAUAUAUGACAUACUGCAUUCAUUUCUCUAUGCUUUCUUGGAAUUAAAUAAAUAUUUUGCUUUUUAAAA